AUGCACACCGUAGUAAAAGCAACGCAACCGAGCGAGAAAACACAAACCUUCCAUGUUGGUACGCGGAGAUCGAUUCUAGCAAGAGUUCAGGCAGAUGAGGUUGUCAAAGCUUUGAGGAAUGUCUGGCCAGAGCACCAUUUCGAAAUACAUGCUAUGUCCACGACAGGCGACAACAACCAAAAGACGGCAUUGCACAAAUUCAAUGAAAAGGCAUUGUGGACUCAGGAGCUUGAAGUACUUCUCGAGAAAGGAGAUGUGGAUAUCAUCGUGCACAGUCUGAAAGAUAUGCCAACACAAUUACCUGUUGGGCUCGAGCUUGGGUGUGUUACGAAGCGAGAAGAUCCUAGGGAUGCACUGGUGGUCAAGUCAUCUCUGGCGGAGAAGAUCAAGACCCUCAAAGAUUUGCCUGAUGGUGCGGUUGUUGGAACGUCUAGUCUUCGCCGGCAAGCCCAAUUGAAGCGGCACUACCCGCAUUUGAACUUCCAGGACGUUCGUGGAAACAUUGGCACACGACUUAGCAAAUUGGAUGAUCCAAAUUCAGACUACUCUGCGAUUGUCAUUGCUGUUGCUGGUCUCGAUCGUCUCGGUAUGAGCAGUCGUAUCAAUGCAUACCUCUCGAAGGACAAUGGCAAUAUGCUCCACGCUGUUGGUCAGGGUGCCCUCGGCAUUGAAACGAGGACAGGUGACGAGCGAACGCAGGAAUUGCUGUCGCAAAUCGGCGAUCAGAAGACAUGGCUGCAAGCAUUGGCAGAGCGCGCUCUCAUGCGGACAUUAGAAGGAGGCUGCUCUGUUCCGAUCGGCGUCGAAACGGAGUGGGAGCAAGAAGACGAACUCUCAGACGAACUAGUCAUGCGAGCCAUCGUAGUCAGUCUGGACGGUAAAGAUGCUGCGGAGAUUGAGACUCGGCGGAGGAUCACUACUCAUGAGCAGGCCAACGAAUUAGGAUUUGAUGCUGCGAAGCUCCUGGUUGAGAAGGGCGCCGACAAGAUUCUUGAGCAAGUUCAGCUGAACAGAGGAAUCAUCAAGGAGCAAGGCAACGCAUGA